GAGGGGGGACUCUGCGGACUCGCCUGACGCAGACGACAAGGACAACCCAACCGGCCCUACAAAUUUCUUCAAUUGGACGCGAAUGAACGGGAUCGUCCAGUUGACAACAUGGCGUCGGCGGUGGCUCUGUUCAAUGCGUCCCUCCUGAGCAACGUGAAAGUGCGCUUCGGGCUAAAUGGCAUCUUUAAAGGGGCGACGAGAUGUUUUGCAUCGGCCGGUAAAUCUAAGGGUCCGAAGUUUGACUGGGAAGAUCCAGUGAACAUUGAGUCACAACUUACAGAGGAGGAAAUUAUUGUACGGGACCAAUGCCGAUCCUACUGUCAAGAAAAAUUAAUGCCCCGUGUACUUGAGGCAAACCGAAAUGAAACCUACGACAAACAGAUUAUGAGAGAAAUGGGAUCUAUGGGAUUGUUGGGUUCAACUAUACAAGGAUAUGGAUGUGCUGGAGUAUCUUCUGUAGCUUAUGGUCUUCUAGCACGAGAAGUUGAGAGAGUUGAUAGUGCCUAUCGCUCAACUAUGAGUGUUCAGUCAUCGCUUGUGAUGGGUCCAAUUUACCAUUAUGGAUCUGAAGAACAGAAGGAUAAGUUCCUUCCUGGAAUGGCCAAAGGUGAAAUUAUUGGAUGUUUUGGUUUGACCGAGCCUAACCAUGGCAGUGAUAUUGGAAAAAUGGAAACAAAGGCCACCUAUAACAAGGAAAAGAAAACGUACACACUAACGGGUAGCAAGACAUGGAUAUCUAAUUCCCCGAUAGCAGAUGUAGUCCUUGUUUGGGCUAAAACAGAAAAUGGAAAAGUUCGAGGAUUUUUAAUAGAGCGCAACAAUGCUAAAAACCUCAGCACACCAAAGAUCGAGGGAAAGUUCUCUUUGAGAGCAUCGCCCACUGGAAUGAUUCUCAUGGAUGGUGUAGAAAUUCCUGAAGAGAACAUGCUUCCUGGUGCCGAAGGAAUGGGUGCACCGUUUUCAUGCCUCAACAAUGCUCGCUUUGGAAUCAGCUGGGGUGUCCUGGGUGCUGCUGAAUUUUGUCUAAAGACAGCCCGACAAUAUACUCUUGAUAGACAGCAGUUUGGUCGACCGCUAGCUGCUACUCAAUUAAUGCAGAAAAAGAUGGCAGACAUGUUAACUGAAAUAACCCUUGGUCUCACAACAUGUUUACACCUGGGGCGUUUGAAGGAUAAGGGACAGUUGUCUCCGGAAAUGAUUUCUAUCGUCAAACGAAACAACUGUGGCAAAUCAUUGGAAAUAGCCCGAGUUGCCCGUGAUAUGCUUGGAGGAAACGGUAUUUCAGAUGAGUACCACAUUAUCAGGCACUCUAUGAAUUUAGAAGCUGUGAACACAUAUGAAGGGACUCACGAUGUUCAUGCCCUCAUUUUGGGCCGUGCAAUAACAGGCAUUCAAGCCUUUUAAUUACUCAUAAGACAAAACAACUAAGACAAUUAAUGUGCUGCAAUUUUAAGAUCAAUGCCACUUUUACUGCAUUCCAAUCAGAUGUAAUGUGACACUGAUAUUUUGUUAUAAGAAAUUUAUAGAUUUUUAAUCUUUGUUUCAUUUUGUAAAAUUUAUUAACUCAAAGACGCUUUAAACUUAUGCGGGUAAACUGAUAUUGUAUCUGUCUUUGUAUCUAUCUGUUUAUAUCAUUGUGAAAGUGGUCUUAAUAAAAUUGGCUAUAUGUUUGA